CUCCUCAGCUCGGAGUUGACGCAUCCACACCUCCAGGCUGCGCAUUAAAAUGGCUGGCUGUGCCACUACUCCUAACCCCAUGCAGACCCUUCAGGAGGAAGCGGUGUGUGCCAUCUGCCUGGAUUACUUCAAGGAUCCCGUUUCCAUAGGCUGUGGGCACAACUUCUGCCGAGGAUGUGUGACCCAACUGUGGGGCAAGGAAGAUGAGGAAGACAGGGACGGGGAAGAAGAUGGAUGGGAAAAAGACGAGGGCGACGAUGUGGAGGGGGCCACCGGUGGAUGGGACAACUCUAUUCGAGAGGUUUUGUACCAGGGCAGUGCUGACGAGGUGUUCCAGUACCAAGAAGAUGAACUCUGGGUUGGUGACGGUGGCGUCAGGAAUUGGGACAACAUGGACUAUGUGUGGGACCAGGAGGAAGAAGAGGAGGAAGAUCAGGACUAUCACCUGGGAAGCUUGAGACAUGACCUGAGAAUUGACGUCUACCCAGAAGAGGAGAUAUUGGAAGAAUACGAGGACGAGGAAGAGCUGUAUCCUGACACCCAUUUGCCUCCUCCUCCUCCACCUCCCCCCCCUCCUCCGCCCCCUCCACGUCAGUUCAUCUGUCCCCAGUGCCGAAAGAGCUUUAAGCGUCGCAGCUUUCGUCCCAACUUGCAGCUAGCCAACAUGGUCCAGAUAAUUCGCCAGAUGAGCCCCACUCCUUAUCGAGGAAGUCGGGGGAAUGAUCAGGGCAUCUGCUCCAAACACCAGGAAGCCCUGAAACUUUUUUGUGAAGUGGACAAAGAGGCUAUCUGUGUGGUGUGCCGAGAAUCCAGGACCCACAAACAACACAGCGUGGUGCCAAUGGAGGAGGUGGUGCAGGAGUACAAGGAGAAAAAAAUGAAGAAAUUUGUGAAGCCUUGCAUUCCAAGUGCUGCCACAACUUUGAGAGGAAAUUGAGGAAUUCCAGACUUUCUUCAUCUACUUCUACAGUCUUAACUCUGAAAUAAUGACUGAACAUAUCAAACUUCAGGUUUUAAAAACUUCAGCUCAUCUUUCUUUGCUGUUGAGAUGAAUCUACUGAAAAAAAAAAAAGUGUGCUUUGCUUAUGUUUAAAAAUAAAGCUUUAAAAACUGUGGAUGUGGUGGUUUCAUAAACGUAAUACUUGACCACUAAAAACAGUAUUUUUGAAGCUGUAUCAAAUGAACUGAGUUGGAAGAAAAUUAUACGAGUAUACUUGGUGGUGCUACAGCAAUGGAAUGUUCUAAAUCUGGGUUUUUGGCAAGAACUGAAGAAAACUGUGUGUAAGAUGUACUGUAGCAAUCCCCACCAAGCAUCCACUUCCAUUGAUUGGCCCAUAAUCUACUGGAAAUCUUCACCUUGCUGUCAGCAUAACCCUUGUGAAAAACAGUAGAUUUGAUCCCAGUUUGCCUUGAUUUUUGAAGAUCUGUUCAGAAUGCCAUUGAGAGUGUUUUCUCUUACGUACUAAGGUUCCUUGGUUGUCAAAGAACUGUACUCAGCUGAAUUUAUGGACAGAACUAAUUUUGAAACACCAAUGACAAAAUAACCCUCUGAUUUUGGAACACCAUCUAAAGAGAAUUUGUUCUUUAAAAUUUCAAAAAUUAAAACUUUUGACAGAAUGUAAUGCAUUGAAGCUUAAAAUACAUUGACCCUGAAAUGUCAAAAGGCAAACACCAACAUCACUCUCAUUAUGAAAUACUUUAAGCAAAACUUGCCAAAAAUCCAGCUACACAUAGCAAACUCAUGCUAAAAAUGUCUAACUUGCUUGGCCAAUCUUUCAAGGACUAGAUUUCUGAAUGUUAUUUCAAGACAAAAAUAUGAAAUAUCCAUAACUAUUUUGGGUGAUUGUUCUUGACCUUGUUCUUAAAACCUACCUGGGGUCGCUUUUAUAAAGAAUGUUUUCAACUGUUGGUUGGUUCAAUUCCUUUAAGAGGAGUAUGUGGAACUUUAAGUCUGUUUGUUUUGACUAGAAACUUCCAGAUAAAUACUCUAGAGAAAUUGGGAUAUAAAAUGUCUAAGCAUAUGUGAAGACUUUGUUCCAUUUGUUAUUCCAUUUUCUCUUUACAUCUUAAAAGCUUUUUUGGGGGGGGCGGGUGGAGUAUAUCUAGCUGUGGGGAGAAAACAGUACAAGAGUAUUGUUAAAGCAGCUUGUGUUUUGUUAUAUCUUCUACACCACCCAAGAAAGAUAAGGCUUUUAACAGUGACAUAGUUAUCACAUCAUCUGAAUAAAUUUUUGCCUUCCAAAAUUA